AUGCCGCACCCACUCCACAAAACUCAUAUCCACCACCCUGUGCGGGAUCAAGGAUUUGUCGCAGCCGGCAGCAAAGUCACCAGAACAUUGGCAGAAAAGGCGAGCCGCGUCCUCCUAGCUCGUGCCACUUCCACAUGCAAAAACGACAGCGAUCCUGGCUGUACGAAGCCUACACAAACGCCUACCCUGGCUAUCGCGCUCGGUAUCGCUAUUCCCGUCAUCGGCCUGGCUGUGGUAUUGGUCUAUUUGCACUUCAGGAACAAGAAGAAGCUCAUUGCAGAGGAUGCGAGGGAUAAAUAUAACUCUUUGGAUUUUGGUUUGGAGCCUGGUGUUGGUGGUGUCAAGGACGGAAAGAAGGGGCCCGAGAUGAGCGUGUCUGAAAAGGAGAUGCGAGGAACCCACGAUCGCGGUCUCUCCCUCGAGACCGGAAGCCCAUACAUUCUGCCAGUCGGCCUCCACGGCUCGCGAGAGUCGUUUCACUCCAUGUCCCGUUCGCAAUUUGACCCUCACGACCCUUAUCGCCCAGUCACGUUCCUCAAGGAUGAUGCGAGCGUCCGCAGCCCCACCCGCGUUCGUGGCGAUCACGCCUCUGUUUACACGGCUUCAAGCGUAGGCACCCAGAAAGACAGAAUGGGCGAUGGACUUCUCAAGAACGCGUCAAGAAUGUCGAGGUCUCCCGUCCCCGUCCGCGGCGACUCUCUCUCUCCUGAUGGCACCCGGUCACCCGAUUCGCAGUUCCCGGAGUCAGUCCCCGCGCUCAGCCCGCUCAAUCCUCGCCUUCCCAAUAAACCGCUUCCGCUCUCUACGGAAAAUGAGGCAAGUGGGCCCAAGACGCAAUAUGCCGAGUUCAAGACCCCGGACGUUCCCAAAAUCUCCAUCCCUGAGCCAGCUGUUGCCAGCAAGGAAGUGACGAGAUCCCCAGUGGAGACUACUGAAGCCUCUUUCCCUCCCCGCGUCCAGUCCCAGCAGGCUGUUGUGCACCACAACGUCUACACGAACAGCAUACUCAGCACUUCCAGCUACGGUGAAGGCUUCCAGGUAACGCCACCAUCGCCCCGUCUGAGCCUAACACCAGAAGAACCUCUAUCACCAAAGCCUCUACAACCUCAACCCCAACGUCCAGCUGGACUUGGUGUGGAAAACUUUGGUGGCAAUGCCAACCGAUUGUCAAUGAGCCUCCGCCCCCUUCCUUCGGACAAUCCUGAAGAGGACCCUGAGCAACGUGCCAACCGCAUCCGAUCUUUUUACAAGGAAUACUUUGACGACUCGAAGCCUGAACCUGUGGGGGCCAAUACCUACACGGAUUACUACGAGGACUACGGCUCGGAAUACCAGGACGGUACUCUGUUUGAUUCGCGCAACGGCAACUUCAUCGUCGCUCAACCCAACGCGCCCUUUGCUGAGCCCAUCACACGUCGUGCCAUGACACCCCCUCCUCGUGCCCCUCCUCGCUUCCGCAGUGGCACUACAACUGGACCUAGCCCCCACAUGUCCAAUGGCUCAAUAGCUUCGUCGCAAUUCCCGCCGCGUGGCAUGUCUUCCAUGAGUGGACGACUACCCGCACCGGCCAGGAAGCCUUUGCCUCCCCCUUCUGCGCUUUCAUCGUUACCUACGCCCGCCAAGCUGACUGAAAACUCCAUGGUAUUCGACCCCAUCGACUUUGCACCCCCAGUCUCGUUCCGUGAGAGGCAAAAUGGCAUGCGGCCGGAUAGCCCAUUGGGUACCCCAAGGCCGUAUAGCCCUGCAGUACGACCUCACACUCCUCUUGUUGGCUCGUACGAUGAGCUGCCUGUGUUGCCCAGCCCGCAUCUGAUGCGCAAAUCGGGUACGUUCACUGCGCUGGACUUUGCACCGCCAGGUCGAAUCCGUGAUCCUGCCGGCAGUGGGGCGUCGGAUGCUGGCUCUAUUCGCUCGAACCGCUCUGGCAUCUCUGCAGUUGGCAGAUUUGCUGUGCGUAGCGGAGCCAACCGGGUCAGCCGAAUACCCAGAGAGGUUGUGGGAACCAGAGACGAUUUCAUGGUCCAGCUCCGACCGCAGAUGAACCUUGUAUCGAAAGCAUAG